AAUCACCAUUUCCAAAGGCUUCCACGGUGACAAGAGGUUACUCGGCGUGGUGGCGGCUUUUUCCUUCCAGGUUUUGUUUUUUGUUGUGUUGUUGAAAAGCCAAGGAAAGGAGAAUAAAGGAGAGGCCGAAGCUGCCCACCCAAUGGCUAAGGGCUUCCCUUCAAGCAAGCACCUUCGCUCCCAGGGGUGGGGAGAUCAGCGGUAAAACAAAACACAACGAAACAAAAAGGCCACACCGGAGUGUCGGAGGUGUGUGCUCCUGUGCUCAGGUCACCGGCAAUGUUGCUGUUUUUGUCCUGACAAAUAAGAAGCUUUUGUAAAGAACAGCCAGUCUUGGACAGAACAGAGGACUUGACUGUUUGGAAAGAUGACUGUGUGCUAUUAUAAUAUGACAGUGGAGUUCUUCUAUAACAACAGUGGUAAAGAGCUAUUCCAUGAAUGGAGACCCAAGGAUAUUUUGGUGGUUGCCCUUGGCUUGACAGUCAGCAUCAUUGUACUGCUCACCAACUUGCUGGUCAUCACAGCCAUUGUUAUCAACAAGCGAUUCCACUAUCCUAUCUAUUACCUCUUGGGGAAUCUGGCUGCAGCUGAUCUUUUUGCUGGGAUUGCAUACAUGUUCCUGAUGUUCCACACGGGGCCAAGGACAGCUAAGCUCUCUCUCAAGACUUGGUUUAUCAGGCAGAGCCUCUUGGACACCAGCCUGACUGCCUCAGUAGUCAACCUUUUGGCCAUUGCAGUGGAGCGUCAUCAGACAAUCUUCACCAUGCAGCUCCAUAGCAAGAUGUCUAAUCAGAGGGUAAUUAUUCUCAUUGGCUGCAUUUGGAUAACAGCCCUGCUACUGGGUCUUAUCCCUUCCUAUGGCUGGCACUGUUUGUGUCAGCUGAAUGAUUGCUCUACGAUGGCUCCUCUCUACAGCCGCAGGUAUUUGACCUUCUGGGCACUUUCCAAUCUCUUUAUCUUCCUCAUUAUGGUGGUUGUCUACACUCACAUAUUCAUCUACGUCAAGAGGAAGAUGGCUCGGAUGUCUAAGCAUACUACAUUCCACCCACGCUACAAUGAAACUAUGAUCAACCUCAUCAAGACAGUCAUCAUUAUCCUCAGUGCCUUUGUGAUUUGCUGGACGCCAGGGCAGGUGGUUCUUCUGCUGGACGGCCUCGGCUGCAAGAGCUGCAAUGUGUUGGCGGUAGAGAAAUACUUCCUGUUGCUGGCGGAGAUCAACUCGCUCAUCAAUGCCAUCAUCUACUCCUACCGGGACAAUGAGAUGCGAAGCACCUUCCGGAAGAUCCUUUGUUUUGCCUGCCGCAGGAUGCCAAAGUACUCCCCUGCCUCAAUGAAAUCUAGCACCAUAGAGCAUCGGAUCCUGUCUCAGAAUGGGCAUCCAGUGAUGGACUCCACGCUUUAACUUUGCAGUUUCAGGUUGCUCUCUGCUGAUUGUCAGAAGCUGUUGGUUUUGAUCUGCGGGUGGCCCUUUUGUACGAAGCUGGUAAACAAGGCCUACAAGGCCUGGACAGUUUUAUUACCUGUGGACUGCUUGGGGGGGAUAGAGGGCUGCCUUCUUGAUCUAUAGCUCCACGCUGCAACAGUGUGUGUGACCUAGCAGAAGCUGUUGUAGCAAAACUCUUGUUGAAUCAUGUCUGGAAAACAGUGACUGUCAGUCACCUUGAGCUAUGGAAUUAGUGCAUUUGGCCUGUUACAGGCUUGAGAGACACAUUAAACACUCUGUUGCAUUGAGAACCAGUUCAGAAUUGGUUUCCACCACAGCUUCUUAAAGGGUUUCCUUUUUUUCCCCCUCCUUCCACAGGCUAACAAGCAAAGCUUGCUGUAUCUCUAUCUAACAAACCAUGGGUGGCCCCUUAAGAUAAACUUUAUUUGCUUCUUAAACACAAAUAUUUGGACAAACUUUACAAACUGGUGGAACAAAAAUACGGAGAUACAUGUGUAUGCAUUCUCGUGAACUGCUCUUUUUAACCACUGGGUUGAUUUAGUUGAGGGAUUGUAUCUUCCGCCAUAUCAAAGCACAUCUCUGAAAUGCUUCUGUGAAGGAUGAAGAAUCUUUCUCCUGGCUUUUUUCAGCUGCUACUCGCUUUUAUGUUAGCAUGGCUUCUCUCUGAAGAUGCAAAACCUGCACUCUGUUUUCUGUACUGAACCCUUAAGAAUUUGUUGCAAACUGAACAAGCUUUUCUGCUAAACGUUUAUUCCCCCUCCCCCCAUCUGUAUAACUCAGGGAGAAUUGAAAUCAAGAUGAACACAGUACCAGCUUUACCUAACUCCAAGGUAAAUUUUAGGCAGUGAGAAGAAUUAUAUACUCAGAUCUGAUAGCACAACAGAUGCAUGAAAUAAUUCAAUGCAUAAAGACCACUUUUUAACAUACCGUGUGAUGCCCAGAGGUGUUGUGAUACAGUUUAGGUAACCACUAAAGCACAAUUUAAUAUUUCAGGUAACCUUUCCAGCCAUGGUUGAUUAUGUUCACAUUUCCUACUCUGUGGAAGAAAUUUAUGUCUGUAUUCUUGAUAUUCAGGUGCAGUGUCCAUACAGAUUGUAUCUACUCAUGGGGUUGUCAUUUCACAGAGAUUAGCAUGCUGAUCGUUAAACAGCAUCUUCUGGGGCCUUGAAAUGUUCCAUGGCAAAUGUUCCAUAUGAUAUUCCUCAGUGGUCACAGGAUGGAGGGCUUCUUCUCUCAGGCAUUGGCUGAGGUCUAGGGCUUAAGGUUAGGGGUCCUAAAUCUGGGCUUAAAAAAUCCAGAUAAUCAUUAAGAUGACAGCAAAGAGGGGGUUUUUUGUAUGACUUUGUUGCCAUCUAGCGAUGGUCUACAUUUUUCCCAUCUAAAUGUGGCUAUGUAAGGUAGAUCUCCCAAACUGAAAUUCCUGAAAGAAAGUACCUCAGAGUUUCUGAUAAGACCCAUCCAUCUGAAACAAGAAAUCUGUAUAUCUUAGUGACCAAGAAAUUAACAUCUCUGUAUUUAUAACAAUGUACUGACUCUCAAAAAGCGCCCAGUGCCACCAUACAGUGGCUGACUUUAGACUAUGCUAUGUUAUACUUUUACCAUGGUUUAAUGAAUAAACAGUUAACUGGGCUUUCGGCCUUAAACCUUG